ACCGAUCACAAGUUCAUAUUUGUUUUUUGAUCCACCUUUUAGGAUGACAAAAAGUUUCCCGUGUUAUUGCUCUCCUUCUUCUCUUUUUCUCUUCUUCAGCCGCUAUCCAAAGUCAUUGUAUGGUGACCAUAGAUGGUCUGCUAGCGAUUUUAGCAGCCACAGUGUUGGUGGUGUGGGUCUUAUCAGGCUCCGCCUAUGUGAGCCUUCAGCCUUACAUCGAAAACAUCGAAUGGCCGCACCUUCAUGACCUUCAGUACAAGUUCGCAGUAUUGAACCAAUCUUAUCAUGUCAUUAUCUAUAUAAAAGUAAUCACCUUUCGACUCUGCCACUUCCCCCCUGGAUUGGCCACCUCCCAGUACCCUAACAGUUCUGGCGACGUGCUGAAACUUUUGGUCGAGAUGGAAAGUCCGCGCAUACGACUAGUUCCUUUCCAACCACCAAAAGGCCGCCCUGAUGACCAAAAGCCGGAUGAUCUUCAGCCUAAGAAUAAAUCGCCCGCCGGCCUUCAGGCACUGUUCAAAUAUGUUGGCGGGUCUCCAACUUGUAACCGCCUUAUAUCCUUUAUUUUACGACGAGUCGCUAUAGAAAUAACGGACUUAAUACUAGACUUGGACGGCAGAGGCACUUUAGUGGCUCACAAAAUGUCUCUCAGCCAGAGUAAAGUCUACCUUCGUACAACGGGAAACACAAUGGAAAAUGACGUGUAUCACGACGAUCACAAGGAGAGCUUAAAAUUAUCGAAAUCGUUUACAGUAUUCAAUUUACGCAGAGGUCAUGCUGCCAGACUGAUUAUCGACCGACUUCAACUUGUCUCUGGUGAGAAAGUCCAUCGUGCAGACGCAAAUGUGCUAUUUUCAGUUACACCACUUCAACUCACAAUCAGUACAACGCUGCCAAGACAUUAUGAUGAAAAGCAUCGGGUUUCAUUCGCUGUCGAGUCAAAUACUCUGCAAGCCAAACUGGAUGAGCUCUCAGGUGUUGUUAUGGGCAUAAAGAGUAGAAGUACCUCUUCGGAAGGUACCAUCUCCGAGUCUACUGAUUGGGCGGACUAUGUGGACGGCAUCCAUAUGAAGUUGGAUCAUGGGAACGUAUCUUGGACCCCAAGAAUACAGAGUGUACUAGAGUCUAUCUAUCUAUCAGCCUCUAGCACAAGUUCAAUGAAUGAGGAAGAAGGUGGACCAAAGCUUGCGUUAUCUACUUCGGAGGUAUCAAUGAUAUGGUGUGAACCGAAUAGGGAUAGCUUCAAGCUGCUGUACAGCAAGAGUCUGCAACUCAACAUAUCGCGGUCCGUAAGCACAGCGCCAAAUGAUCCUUCGUCAGAUACAACACGCUACCUUCCCAUUUGCACAAAUGUCGGUGUCAGUUUGGACCAACCAGCAGUAACAAUAUCGUACGACGUCCUAUAUCCUCUAAAGGCUGAAAUCUUGGAUAUUUGUCAAGCAUGGGAUCCAAAACAAGUAAACAAAUUGACAACAGAUAUAGACGUAAACCUUCCAUCCGGUAGACUUCACACAACGUUUUCAGCCUCUCAUCCAGCAUUGCGAAUAAAAGAUGCAAAUGAAAAUGUCAUUACUCAAAUUGAUGCCUCACUAUUUCGAGUCACGAUGGAUACCACCAGUGUUGAAGAUUUUGAGAUCCAGCAAUCUUAUACCCCUGAUCAAUCCAAUUCAUCCGACACUUUGGUGGAUAGCUAUACGAGUAGCAACCAGUCAUCUACGCAUAUUCUUCAGCGAUACAAGACAGAUCUCAGUUUGGAAGUGGAGGAACUAACAACAUGGAAGCAGUGUCUCCGGUACUUGAGCGAAAGAGAAUUUACCCCAUCGGCUUGCAAUUAUUUCGCUGUCGACCAAUUUUGCUUCACGUAUACAAGUUCAUCCUUUUCAAGGCCUAGUGCAUUGGUUUCAAAUUCAAUACUGGACGAACUUCCUAGACCGAGUUGCUGCCUUACCUUUGGAUCCAUUCACAUGGAUGUUAGGGAUGCACCCUACUUUGUGGAGAGAGCAAUACCGUGGGUCAUUAUGGUGUCCAAUCUGAUCAAAAAUGACUCGCCGCAGUUGGUGCAGGCGUCAACUUCGUCAAAUUCCUCCCCCCUAGUACGCAUCAUCAUAUACUCUGUUGAUGCAUCCUUCCUCGCCAUAGAUAGACCUUUGGACCCAGAAGUUGAUAUACCGCCACAGCACUUUUGUAACGCACCAAGUGAAGACAUAGGAUGUGGUGUCUUAUUUUCAGCUGCUGAUGUCAUUAUUGCCAUCUCGAGCCUUGAAGAUAUAAACUCGAUACGUGCAUCUUCAAACGAUCUCAACGACAUCUCAAUAUCGGCCAAGGAGAUAUCACUCUGCUCUCUAAUGGAUGAAGAAGGAGAAAACUGCGUUUUUAGUCUUGGUGAGGAACCAAUGGUGUGGAUCCCUGAUCUAGCUAUGAGAUUCCAUGAAGAACGGGGUUUCCCGGAAGAUGUUAGGUUUGGUCAAGUAGUCAGCAUGGAGAUAUCUCUGAUACAAUUCUGCUGGGCGCCUCAGGCAUUAUACUCUGCUCUGUGCCUAGUUCAGUGCAUGAAGGAUACUCAAUCGAUUUUCAAGCAGAUGAAUUGGGGCAACAGUAAUACCCAAUCCGGCAAUCAAUCUAUGUUUAAAUCUUUACGUAUGAGUGCUUCAACAAGGCAAAUAGUAGGACGCUUCAGUUUAUCUCCUUCUAUGAAGAUACAAAUGGAAGUAUCAGACGCUUCGGUCCAUAUUCUUCCAAAUCACACUAUGCUUUCUGUCGGAGAGCUGAGAUUUUACGGCACAGAAAAACAUGGUAUGGUGUGGAAAAGACUGCUGUUUGCGAGCCAACUCAAAUUGAAUCAAGUCGGUGGAAACGAGUCCAAAAUCAUCAUGCAAACACUUUGUUUCCGACUUCCUUAUAACUACGUAUGCGCAACAAUAGUGGAGGCUGCUAUUCAUGCCUGGAAACUCACCAAAACGCUGUUUAAUCGAUUGGUGAGAGGAAAUAUUACAGAAUGGCAAGGACCUUCCGAUAGAUCUGGCCCAGUUGCUAUUCCUAGCAUUCAACUGAGGGUACAUCAAUUCUCUGUUGAAUUUGAAGACGAUCCAUUUGAAUCUCGUUUGCGACUGUUGUGGAAGACGAGUUUGAGCGAGCAACCUAGACGCUUCAAAACAGAGGAGGCGUUUCAUGAUAAGGUCAAUGCCAUGUUUGAGGAACGACAAGAAUCUGGGUCUUCCAACAACGGGCAGAAACUUCCUGACAGCUUACGACUGACGGCUAUGAUAGCCGACCUUAAAUCCAAGCGCAAUAGUACUGAAAUGCGACCUGGACUACCAUUUGGAUCUCAUGAUGUUAGAAAGGAUAGAUCUAGCAAUGACAUCGAAGCGACAUGGCAGCGAUUACAGGAAUACAACUCCAAAUGCUGGAUUAACGAGGUUCGUUCGGCGAUCAAGCAAGAGGAAACUGCUAUCAAAGGACAAAGGUCCGCUUGGUAUCAACCGCCUUUCAAGCAGACUUUUGAAGAAGCUUCCCCUUCGUCUACUUUCGAAUAUCGUCUUCCUCAUUCAUCCUAUUGCCAACGUGCCAUUGACAUCACUGCGGACCCCAUUAAUCCAUAUUCGCCUUUGCUCGGAUUGUCUGUGGAUAAUCUGACGAUUGACAUUACAUCCCCUUCUUUUCCCUUGGAUCAAACGACAAGUUUCAUUCAAGAUGUUGGAGAAGGAGUUCCUUUGGACACAGCAUACUCAGUUCUGCUUCCGUUCAGAAUGUAUUGCUCUGGCGCAAAGACGGUCAUAUCUCUUCGUGACUAUCCACUGCCUCUACUUAGAGUGCCAGAAGACAGAUCAGCAAGACGAGAAUUUCGAACAGCUUGGACGCUAACGGGUGACUUUGUUAUUGCUGAUGAGCUUGGAGAUGUAGCGGGAGCAUGGCUGAAGCCGAUGACUCUUAUCCCUGAACGUAACUACACACUUAACCUUUUAAGAGUUGCAUCUCCACUCAAGUUCUUUUCAAUUGUGGAUAUCGAGGUACACACUCCAGAAGUAACGUAUAUUGCCUGGUCAAUGUCUGUGCAACCAGCGAUAGAAGACAUUAUACGCAUUAUCGACUCUUUCACACCAUCACCUAUCGAUCCAUCGCCUAAACUAGGUUUUUGGGACAAGGUCAGGCUUAUGAUCCAUUCUCGAACACGUAUCCGCUUCCUUGGCCAAGGCGAUCUGGCUUUGUGGAUGAAGGGCAAGAAAGAUCCUUAUAGCUUAUCAGCAGGAGGUGCUGGUAUCAUCAAGGUCUGGCAGCGAAAUGUGGAAUGUCGACUUGGGUACACCAACACUGAGAACGAGUUACUACAAAUCUUCAGCGACGAGUACAUCCUUGCCGUACCCAACGUUGACUUUGAUGAUGGGAGCAAUUCCAGCUCUGAAAGUCAGUCUAAGGGGAUGUUCUUUAUUGAGGAGCCACAGGAGUACAUAAACGACCAAAAGUAUCAGAAGACAGUCCUCUCUCUAACCAACGGAGUAAGGUGGGGACUUGCAUGCCACUUUGAGCGAUUCUGUCGACGUGGAUGCGCCAAGUGCAAUACGACUAAUUCGAAGGGAAGCUGUAAACUCUUGACGUUUGAACCGCAUUACCUUGUUGUCUACCGAACUCCCGAGAUUGUUCAGAAGCAUUACGUUGCUAAAGAGUACGAUUCAUUCGAUGGCUUCCGUUCCCGGUGGAUCCAUCUAUCUUUCACAGUAUCAAACAAUGAUUAUGCAAAUAGCAACCAGCUAUCACCAAAUGCAUUGCGUCUAACGCCCAAGUUUCUCUCACACUUUGCCGAUUGGUUCUCAUUGUUUGGUGGUGAAAAUGGCUUGCCUAUCCGUACUGGAAAAAUGUUUCCUCGCGAGGAUCAUAGGCCGACGCAAAAAUUCGGAAAGCAUCUAGGCACUCUUAGAUACCAGAUCGUACUGAACUGUCUCUUCGUGAGUCACAUUUACAAGGACGAAGAGUCUGGAUUUGAAGGUGAUUUUUUGGGAUUUAAAGCGAAUACCAAAUCAUUUAUACUGGACAUACACCAAAGACGUGAGCAUAUGCAAAAGGACCAUCAUCUACUUGGAUCCAGAUCAACCUCCAAAUGGCCAAUGUAUGAAGGAGAAGUGAUAUUCGAUACCAUGGAUGUCCGAGUCAUACUGGCAACUUAUCUACAGUCGCACCCUACCAGUAGAUCUGAAUACGAAUCUAGUGAAGAAGCAACGGACAGAGAAUGGAUAGAUCAACUAGACUACUGCGAGCUUGGUGUUCCUGCUAUCAUGCUUCCACCUGCUACCAAACUGCUACCCUUUGUAACGGCACCUUACUUGAGCAUGCGGAAGACAGCCAAAGAGGCUGAAAAGGAAAAGAGUGCACACUUGCAUGGCGUGCAUCAGUGCUAUAUAGGCAACAGUCCAUCAACAAGUGACAUUCAAAUAAGGCUUCAUAAAGAACGGUUCAAUGUCAUCAAUGACCAUGUUCGAAAGAUUGAAGUAGAGAUCGUCGAUUUGGAGGCUAAAAUUGCUCAAAACCCUAACGACACCGAGUUGUUAGCUGAAUCUCUUAGCCUACUGGAAUCUACGGCACAGCUGUAUGAAAAGAAGCGUCAGCUUAAUCUUUAUCUGCAAGAAAUGCUUGAAGGUGACCGUAACUCUCCAUCUAUGCGCUCCGUCAAGAAUUUCGGUGGAGGUUCUUUGGCUGAGUGGGAGCAACUAAUGGGAGUCUUUCAAGUACAACUUGUAUUACACAAUCCUUGCAUUAUCUGGAACAACGAGAUUCGAAACGUAGUGUACAGAUUCAUGGAUUUGCAAGAUAGAUCAAAAACGAGGAAUUUAUUGCUGUCGACGAAAACGCUUCGGUCACUGAUGAAUGCGUCUAACUUUCCAGCACCUUGUGUCAAUGAUAAUCCCACACCAAUAAUUGACAAUACCUCUAACAACAAAAACACAGUCCAUGAUAUUCUCCAGAGCUUAGCGUCUGCAGAUGGGCAGCAGAGUGUAGCACUCAGCGAAUGCGAUGACUGGCUUCCGAGUAUAGAGAGCUCUCCCGAUACCGUGAGCGACAUGAACGAUCCCAUCUGGCAGCAAAGCUCAUUGUCGGCAGACCAUCAAAUUAAAAACAACUAUACCCUGGAUCUUUUGAACCCUCAAUUUCUAUUCAAGAGCACAAAGUCUACAUCAGGCAUUUUGGUCUCGGCUGAGAGAGCUCAUCUCAAAGGAUUGACAAUCUUCAACAAAAACAGUGGAGAUCCAGAUACAGAUUAUAUCGAAGAAAGAUCGCUGUGCAGGAUUGAUAACUCACAGUUUUCCAUUGUCAAAAAUGUCAAGACGCAUGAUAUCGUAAGUACGCUGUACAAUAGUGGCAGUCUAAACACCUUGCCGUGGAUACCAUUGGAGGCUCUUGUGGACAAGAACUUUGUGUCUCAGGACUAUGAACGUGUCGCUGUAGGAGUCAGUGCAACCUUGCAAUACGAUGACUAUAACAAACUUUCAAUGGAACCAUCCCAGCAUCCGUUUGAAGAGAACGCAAACGGUGUACGGCUUCACUUCCCUGCCAUUACAUUGAAAGCCACUUCAGCUCAGUACAAUGUAUUGUAUGAUGUCUUCAAAGAUUUGCUACUCUACUCUGAACCAGCCAAAGUGGACCGUCAAGCAAGCUUGCAAGAAAUGAUGUUCAUAUCGGAUCUCGAUACCUUGCCCUAUGUGCUUGAUGCUGCUGUUUUACUCAAAGACAACAUUCGACAGCAUCGAGAGGCUCUUCAACAAUACCACCAAUAUCUUUCUGUACUGACAGAAGAACAGUUCGAGCAAUACAUCGCCCUUAGCAAAUCACAUUUCGAGCUAUACGACGAGCUUUAUUUGCUCAUGGAAUCGGUCAAGAUUGCUCAAAGUGAUAGACAGAGCUUCAUGAGGCUGGAAGCAAAGACAUCACUCAAGUUCGAGGUCAUUGCUAACAAGGUUUGCUGGAAGAUGGUGUUGGCAGCAACCAGCCACAUGUUUGAAUGGGAUUUAACACAUGUCAACUUCAUGUGGUUGGGAAAGGAAGACCGCUCUGUCAAGUACAAAUUAGAAUUGGACAAAAUCGUUAUUCUGCAUGAGCGAGAUGACGAGCCUGUAGAAUUGGUUGGACCACACUUCAUCAAUGACCGGAGAUACAUCAAUUUCUCCAAACAUAAAAUGCUGCAAGGUUACCUUGUUGAGACUGCUUCAGUAGGUGGAAUACCAGUUGUAGAGCAUAUGGAGAUCAAGCUGGCGCCUCUCAAGAUCAACAUGACCUAUGAUAUCGCCAAAGCGCUGGCAUCGUAUUUAUUCCCUCCUGAGAAAAGGUACCAGGAGGUCAACGAAGCAAAUGAGUUUGAACCUGUGUCUGGCGACCAAGAUGUGCCAUAUCAAGCUGACAUAAAUGCAGCAGAAGCGUCUAGGUCCAUUCCAACUGCCGAAUCACCAAAGAAACGCCGAGCAUUGUCCCUCGGCAAACUCUCAGAUUUUUAUGGUCGAGUUCGACGCACAGAUUGGAACGCAACAGCCGCCGAUGAUAGUACAAUUGAUAGCGGUUCUGUGGAUGCUUCAUUGAAUCGGCCGCGAAGGUGGUCAGCAGUCAAUUUGUGGUGGAAUGAGAUCUCAGUGAUGCGCAAGCGAGCUUCAAAUACCCGAUGUUUUAUAUACGUCAAGAUACCAGGAGCGAAGCACUGUUUGACAUACAAGGGACCAAAAAACAGAAAUUUUGCAGAUAUGAAUAACUUUGUCUUCAAGCAGCCGACCAUUGAGCUGAGAAACAGAACAUGCUCAUGGUACGAACUAUUGGAUAUGGUGAAGAAAGAGAUCUUGCUUGCGGCAGUACUGCAUAGUGGAUCCUUGAUCAAGGAAAAGAUCCUUCCUCGCGGAGCAAGGCGGCCAUUAAGUUGGCACAGUCAGCGACCGGGCCGAUGGGCUUUCUCACAAUCAGCACGUUCGUUGACAUUAAGCUCGUCAUCAGAGGACAGCACUAUUGAGGACAGCGAAGAUGAUGCAAGGUCCAUGAUUUCAAGUUUCUCCAGAGCCGAAGAAGAUGUUGAUUCUACCAGAGAUUUGUCAGUGGGAAGUAUCCAGCAAUCUUCCAUAGCAUCUAGACCCGCUUCCAUGAUCAGUGACAGCUCGAAAAAACAAAGAUGGACUCAGCGAAUAGCUAACAAGAGGCCAAAGUUCCCAAACCCAUUCUCAGCUAAUCUACGUCGACGAGGGUCGCAAAGGUCCAAUAUUGUACCAAGCGAUGUAAUACAGAAAGGCAAGUUGCUCCUUGGUAAGCAAUACGACGGACCAAUGAAUCGAGCAAGAGCAUCCGACUCGAUAGAGCCUUAGCACAUCCUAUAUUGUAAACUACCCUUCUUGAAAUAUUUACGAGGUUCUCCACAGAAAUAUAAGCAGAUUUGAGCUUGUAUUUCGCAUUGACAUCGUAGUUGUAUUUUUGCGUUUUCAUUUCGAACGCAAAAUUGUAUAUUCAGAAUGAAAUAUCAGAGAACAAUAGCAUUUAUCUAUAGAAGGAAAUAUAAUCUUGGGCAAACCUGGCUCUUCUUCUACCUUCACAGGGAACAGCAUAUCAGACAUGAAAACCUUGAUGGAAGAGGUGUAAAAACUGUUUGAAGGGUAUUGAUAUGCUAGCGUCGCAAUAGCAGAAUCAACAUACGUUUCACCAACCACGCUGGUUUUCAUUCCUUCUUGAUAAAUAAAGCAACUUGCAGAAAUUUGCC